GUACUAUAUACUACGGUAGCUCUAUAUCCUAUAUCUCGUCUCUUGUGCUGCGUCUGCGAAAGAAUUUUACUUGAAACUUCGCCUACGGGCUUAGAGAAGAUAACAUGAAGCUAUUUAAAGUGGAAUGGAAUCUUAUUUGUGUGACAGUUUGGUGUUUAAACCUUGCAGGAAAAAUUUUAGGCCACAGAGUAAAUGAAAAUCUGGUAUUUAGGGUGCUGAAACCAAGCCACAUUAACUAUGACUUCACCAUCAGACCUGCCAAGAACUUUGGAGGAACCUUUAAUUUUGUUUACAAUGGAAUUCAACUUGUGGCUGCUGAUCCAAUAGAGGCAUGCGGAGAGAUUCAAAAUGCAGAUGAAGUCAGAGGAGCCGUUGCUCUAGUAAAACGAGGGGAGUGUUCAUUUUUAUCCAAAAGCAUUGUCGCUGACCGGGCUGGUGCAUUGAUGGUGAUUAUCUUUGAUUAUGACGAGAAAAAUGACAACAGAUUCAUUGAUAUGAUUGACGAUGAUACCAGACGGCCUACUUCUAUUCCAACAGCGUUCAUGCAGGGAAGAGAUGGAUAUUGGCUUGAGCAAUACCUCACAGUAGAAAAGGAAAUCAUAGAGAUAGCCAUUCCAGUCAACACAACUGGCAUUCCAUACUCUCAUCUUCACAGGCCACCGUGGACACUCUGGUAGCAAGAAAUACAGUAUCUGAUCGCUUCCAAAAUAUGGGCUUUCAACCAAAAAAGAUUCCUUAAUCAGAAAUUUAUAUGAACUUUUUACAAAUGAGUUGGUGAGUAGUGGAAUAUGUCUAUGCAUUAAACAGGACACCAACAUGUGACAAAAAUGUGUGGGAAGAGAGAUAUAAAGUAAUAAACUCUAGAUAUGUGUCGUUUUGUGUAAUUUUAUUACACAACCAGUUGUUUUAACUGGUAUGUGUUCUAUAUAGGAUGAUAUGUGGGUUAUUUUUGUUAUAAUUUGGGGUUCCAGGCUGAUUUUUAAGCAUCGUGAACCUUUCUUUCCUGUACACCCUUCAGACAUUGAAUACAAAUUAGUAGAACAAAUGUGAUGGGAAAUGCCUGUAGAAAUUAUCAGACAAGUAUUAGGCAUCCUUUAUGUGUUCAUGAUCAAUCCUUCACUUUGUAUUGAAUUGCAUCCUUUUUGUCUCACCUGCGAAGCAAAGUGAGA